UGCACAUCUAAGAUGGAAACAUCCACCUCAACAACUGCUGGGAAGAAAGAAGGGAAAAGCACCCUUCUGGAGGGGAAUGCCUUUAAUGAAAUGGGGAAGAAACCCAUUCCUUUAGGAGCGGCAGCAGCAGCGGCAGCAACAGCUGUAGUUACCCAAGGAGUUCCGCAGCAUAUUUUUCCAGCCUUCCAUUCUCCUCUGCCAAUUGACAUGCGUCAUCAAGAAGGAAGAUACCAUUAUGAACCUCACUCCAUCCAUGCUAUUCAUGGAUCUUCUACUCUGAGCGGUAGCCCUGUUAUCUCUGAUAUCUCUCUCAUCCGUCUUUCCCCACAUCCUGCGAGGCCUGCAGAGUCGCCUUUCAGCCACCCUCACCCAUACAUGAACUCCCACAUGGAACACUACCUCCGGUCCAUGCACAGCAGCCCCACCCUCUCUAUGAUCUCGGCUGCAAGAGGCCUCAGCCCAGCUGAUGUCGCUCACGAGCAUCUGAAAGAGAGAGGUCUCUUUGGCCUGCCCCCUCCUCCUCCAGGAGCCAACCCUGCGGAUUACUAUCACCAGAUGACACUCAUGGCCAGCCACCCCAAUCCAUACGGGGACCUCCUCAUGCAGAGUGGGGGAGCAGCCAGUGCAACACACCUUCACGAUUACCUCAGCCCUGUAGAUGUAUCCAGAUUCUCCAGCCCAAGAGUGACACCAAGAUUAAGCCGGAAGCGAGCGCUUUCUAUAUCUCCAUUGUCUGAUGCCAGCAUUGAUCUCCAGACAAUGAUCCGCACUUCACCAAAUUCCUUGGUGGCUUAUAUAAAUAACUCCAGGAGUAGUUCUGCAGCAAGUGGUUCUUAUGGGCAUUUGUCAGCAGGAGCAAUAAGUCCUGCCUUCACCUUCCCUCACCCAAUCAAUCCAGUGACAUACCAGCAGAUUCUGAAUCAGCAACGAGGCCUGAGCUCAGCAUUUGGACACACACCUCCCUUCAUACAGCCGUCGCCAACGUUCCCUGCACGGCAGCAUGUGGCUGUCAUCUCUGUGAACUCUACACCUGCUCAGAUGAGCAACAGCAGCAAUUGCAUAGCUGAUUCUAACCAGAGCAAGCACAGCAGUGAGUCAGCAGUCAGCAGCACUGUCAAUCCAGUAAUCAAUAAGCGCAGUAAAGUCAAGACUGAAAUGGAGACUCUACCACCAGCUUCCCCACCUGCUCAGGAGCACCUGACAGACUUGAAAGAGGAACUGGAUAAAGACGAGUGCAAACAGGAGCCUGAAGUCAUCUACGAAACCAACUGUCACUGGGAAGGGUGUGCAAAAGAAUAUGACACUCAGGAGCAACUUGUCCAUCACAUUAAUAAUGAUCACAUUCAUGGGGAAAAGAAGGAGUUUGUCUGUCGUUGGCAGGAGUGUACACGGGAGCAGAAGCCCUUCAAGGCACAGUACAUGCUGGUGGUACAUAUGCGAAGGCACACUGGAGAAAAGCCCCACAAGUGCACGUUUGAAGGUUGUUCGAAAGCCUAUUCACGUCUAGAGAACUUAAAGACACACCUGAGGUCUCACACUGGAGAAAAACCUUAUGUCUGUGAGCAUGAAGGCUGCAAUAAAGCUUUCUCUAAUGCUUCUGACCGAGCAAAACACCAGAACAGGACGCAUUCCAACGAGAAACCCUAUGUCUGUAAAAUUCCGGGCUGCACAAAGAGAUACACAGACCCCAGUUCCCUCAGGAAACAUGUGAAGACUGUGCACGGGCCUGAGGCCCAUGUCACCAAGAAGCAACGCAAUGACGUUCACGUGAGACCACCAGCGCUUAAGGAGAACAGUGACAACGAAGCAAGUGCAAAGCAGAGUGGCAAGGCGGCCGAAGAGCACGCUGAGGCAAACAGCACCACCAGGGGCACAGAAGACUGUUUACAAGUCAAAACAAUCAAGACAGAGAAUUCUGUGAUGUAUCAGUCCAGUCCUGGUGGCCAGUCAUCAUGUAGCAGUGAACCGUCACCGCUUGGAAGCACCAACAACAAUGACAGUGGAGUAGAGAUGAACAUGCACAGUGGGGGAAGCUUGGGGGACCUGACUGCGUUGGAGGACGGCACUCCUGUUGUGGACUCGACUGUCUCAUCUGGCAACUCAACCAUCAGCCUUCAGCUAAGGAAACAUACGACCACAAUGCAACGCCUAGAGCAGCUCAAGAAAGAGAAACUCAGGACAGUGAAGGAUUCUUGCUCGUGGACCAAUCCAGCACCGCAAGUCAGAAACACCAAGCUGCCUCCCAUCCCCGGCAGUGGCUGUCUGCUGGACAACAUGGGAGGUGCCUCCACGGCACUACCUAACCCAAGGAUAGCAGAGCUGUCCAUCAAUGAGGUGACAACACUGAACCAGCUAGCUGAGCGCCGUGACAGCUCAACCAGCACCAUCAGCUCUGCCUAUACGGUUAGCCGCAGGUCAUCAGGGAUAUCCCCGUACUUCUCUAGCCGUCGUUCUAGUGAAGCUUCGCCAUUUGGAAACCGCCCAAACAACACAAGCUCUGCUGACUCCUAUGACCCUAUUUCCACAGAUGCCUCUCGCAGAUCAAGUGACGCCAGCCAAUGUAGUGGGAUCCCAGGGCUUCUGAACCUGACGCCAGCUCAACAGUACAGGCUGAAAGCCAAGUAUGCUGCUGCCACUGGUGGCCCUCCACCGACACCACUGCCAAACCUGGACAGAAUGACUCUAAAGAAUAAGAUCUCUCUCCUUGAUGGAACAGAGCCUGUUUUGCCUUCAUUCCGCCUCCCUCCUGGGCCAAGACGCUGUAGUGAUAGUAAUGCAUAUGGCUAUGGGACACCACCCACAUUUGCUCAUGAAGUGCAAGGAAAUAGCACAAGGCGUGCAAGUGAUCCAGUGAGGAGACCUGGUGGAGACCCAGCUUCCCUCCCUAGAGUCCAUCGUUUCAACAGCACCAACACCAUGAACCCCCUUCACCCUUCUGCAGACAGGAGGAACUUCAGCCUUCCAAACUUUUCACGUGCCGAUGGAAGCCUCCCCAGGCAUGCAUAUUCUCCACGACCUCCAAGUAUUACUGAAAAUAUUGUUAUGGAAGCCAUGUCUGGUGAGACAGAUGGUUGUGUUGGAGAUGAUGAUAUUGUGCUACCUGAUGAUGUUGUGCAGUAUAUCAGAUCACAGAACAGUGGGAUGGCUGCAGAUAACUCUUCUGUAGGGUAUGGCAAUGAGAUGCCGAGCUUCCAAGUGAAUGGAAAAGUGCAACAUAACAACACUCUAAGCCAACGCAGAAUGGCAGUUCCAGAUGUGAGUGUGAAUCACCAAGCUCCCAGCAUAGGCGGAUGCCAAAUGAACUUUGAAGCUAACUCUGAAUUGAGCAAAAACAACAUGCCAGUCCAGUGGAAUGAAGUUAGCUCGGGCACAGUUGAUGUGUCCUUGGAUCAAGCAAAGCAACAAUUCCCUCAACGAAAUUUAGCUGUAGUCCAUCAGAAACAGAACUUUGGCCAGUAUCAGAAUUUCAGCCUUCCACAGAUGCAAAUGGGUCAAAACAACAUGAAUGUUGCUCAACAGCAGUUUGUGCAGAAGAAUAUAAGUAUGGAUGGGCAGAGGUUAAAUUGCAUGCACUUAAGGCAGCAGCAGGGGAAUCCAGGUCCUAGUAACAAUCCGGAUUUGAACUCACACGAGGUAUACAAUCAGAUUCACCAGAUGCUGAGCCCAGAUACAAUGGGCAGUGAGCUCAACCAGCUUUCUCCUUCAUGUAAUCACAUGAUGGUGAAGCCUGCGUCUCAUGUCCAUGUACAGCCAUUAGAUACAAUGGCCGAUCCAGUUGCAAUACUCAACAAUAACAGAGAAUGCAUCAUGCACAAUCAGGGGAUGCAAGAACCAGGGCAUCAGCAGGACUUCUCUUCACAGUCAAGACACGUGAACUUCUCUAUGACACAAGAGAUCUUCCCUCAGCCAUCAAACCCACCGAACUUUGGGCCACAACAGGAAAUGAUAAGUACAGUUGAGCAGAGUUUCACUUCUGGUGCAGUACAACCCCAUCCUCCACCUAAUCCCAGUCCAGCAAACAGAUACCGAGGAAUACGUGCUACACAACAGCUGGGUUACAUGAGAACAACUCAAGCAACUAACGUUGUGAACCCAGGGCAGGAAACAGCAGGAUCCACCUCCAUGAAAACAGGUGGCAUAGCAUUAUCACAGCCGCAACAAUGUCACAGUAGUAUGAGGGGAAACCAUUUGAUGCACUAUUAUGGUCAAAUACACAUGUAUGAACAAAAUGGGAAUGUUAAUAACCACACUGCAGACUGUGCAGUAAGGCAGCAGCAGCAGUGUGCGCUGAACAUCAAGCCAGUUGGUGUGCCCUCUCCUGGAGCUAAUCAAGUGUCUAGCACUGUGGACUCUCACAUCCUGGAGCCUCCUCAGAUAGAUUUCGAUGCCAUCAUGGAUGAUGGUGACCAUUCAAGUCUCAUGUCAGGGACCCUGAGCCCGAGCAUCCUACAGAAUCUCUCCCAGACCUCCUCUCGCCUUACCACUCCCCGAAACUCUCUGACCCUGCCAUCUAUACCCGCUGGAAUUAGUAAUAUGGCAAUAGGAGACAUGAGAUCCAUGUUGACCACCCUGGCAGAAGAGAGUAAAUUUCUUAACAUGAUGUCUUAAUGCUUAAAGCACAACUGACUAGAUGUAUCCAAGAGAUUACAUGCUAAGCAAUUUUAUGAAUGUGCUUUAAAAAAAA